CUAAUGGCAAUGGGAAUGGAAAUUGGCACAUUGCCAAAGUACGUGUUAUUGUAAUGUUUACAAGCAAAUAGUUCAAUUUCGUAAUUUCAAUGUUUUGAUCUGAAUAGUUUUCUGUCGAAAACACUGAUGCGAUUGGGAACUUAUAAUACUAGUGUACCUGUCAGACAUCUUCUUUACGUGUCAUGUGGGUUGACAUUGUAAAUUUCUUUAUCCAAGAAGUCUGGGUUUUUAAAAUUCAGGCUUUGUUGUGCAUUCACAAGAAGAGAAAUUCAUCAGAUAUGCUUGGACAACCAUAAUUGUUUUACGCAAUGACAAUCCACUGUAUAUUUCUUAUAGUCUUAGUUUGUUCAAGUGCUACGUGCCUUGCUGUCCAUGAAAAUGCUGACACACUGUAUGGAAUUGGGUGCAAAAUUAAGAAACCAUAUACCAAUUCACACAUCACUCCAGUUAUGGAACAUCCAAGUGAAGUAACAGGUUGUUUUUCAAACAAUGCUGCCUCUGCAGAACAGGAAGUCCAUGUAUUGAGUCUCCUGAACUCUGGAUUUGAUGCUGUCGAUACUAAGAAUGGUUAUCUACCUAGUGUCGCAGUUAAUGUGCAGCUGCGUUCAAAAGAAAGAUUUACGAUUUCUUCUGUCAUUAUAAUUCUUCACUCAUUCACUCCAGUUAUGUGGCAAGUUCACUUACAUUCUGGAAACAGUACAAAUUUUCAUGUUGUUGUCAAUAAGCCAUCCUACGUUGUUCCUACUGUUGCUGCAACUGUUUCCCGUCGCAAAUUUCCUUCAUCUAAGCGAUUACCUAUUUGGAUCAAAAGCCAUUAUGGUGCUGUAACAUCUUAUUCAUUGAUACAUCUUGCAAAUGAAAUCACCCUCUUUCUUGGCAUUGACUUACCUGCCACUAGUCCAGAUUGCAAUGUCAACAGUAAAAGGCAAUCUGCAAAUGUAAAAGCCAGUUUUGUACAAUUGCAACUUGCUGCUGGCUGCACUAUGAGUAGAUCACCUGUAAGCAAAAGUAAUCAAAUGCUGUAUGUCAUUGAACUUGAUUCAAAAGUGUCAAAUAGUGAUACUUUAAUCCAGUUGCAACAACAGAGGAGCCCUGGUUCUGAUUGGAGUUCUGUUGUUGAACAAAAUGUUAUUUUGAUCUUAAAAAGUCAUGUACCAUUAGAAUGGGUCAUAGAAUCCAGGGGCAUUGAAGGUUCUCUUUUAAUCAUUGCUGAGCACCCUGUUCAUGUUCGAACAAACAUUUUAUUUGUGACCACAAAAAUUGAAAAACAAAUUCUUCCAUCAUCGACAUCAGUUCUACUGUCAAAAAUUAAAAAUUCAUUUGGGUUUGCAGACAUCUACAUAAAAACCUCCAAAUCAAAUCGAAUUAACAUUGCUGUGAAAGGAAAAGCAAAACAUAUAGAUGAACUUCUAUACAGUAAAAAUAUGUCUUUUAUGGAGUUUGUAAAUAUCCCUUCAACUCCUGUCAUCUCCAUCCCUAAUGACAAGAACAUGUCACAUACUGAUAGUUACAAAUCAAGUGUAUCACCAGAAUCGUGGGAUCACAUGAUAGCUAAUCUGGUGUCUCUGACGUGCUCCCGUGACAAAAUAAGUGUCUCUUUGCCAAUAGAGGAUACGAUGAAAAUAUUUGUCUCCACUUUGGGACCUGAUAGCAGAUUACUGUCAGUCACUUUAGCUGAUGUUGGCUGUAAAUCACAACAAAAUGGGACUCAUUUUAUACUUCAGUCAAAGUGGAGUGAUUGUGGUACGAAAGCUGUUACAAAUGGUGGUCUGGAGUACCAUAAUCAGAUUCAAUUUGUAACGACUAAGCAAGAGCUUGAUAACGUGUCAUCAAAUGAGCAGAAGCGCUUGCCGACAGAUGAUGAUGAUUACAUCUCUGAAUAUGGUUCUGGUUCAGAUGCGGUUUCACUGUCCUUGUUGAGAAGUGAAGAGAGUGUUAUUUAUCCAUUACCCUUCCACUGUGACAAACCUUUUAUGAAUGACGAUAAUCAGAAAUCAUCAGGUGAAAAAUAUGAGUUGAAUCUGUACACCAAAAAGGACUACAAGCAAUCAAUACCAUCUCAAUCAUUUCCUUUUGAUGUUGUUGUCCAUGAUCACUUAUUUGCAGAAGCAAACAUCAAAGCAGAUUUGCGUCUUUGCAUUAUCAUUGAUGAGUGUUGGCUUGCUGAAACGGACAAUAAAUACAAAGCAACUGGGAAGAGAAAUACUCUAAUAAAGCAGGGAUGCCCUACUGAUUUGAGUGUUGACAUCCUUACCAAAAGUCACUGCAGUACUGGUAGUACUGAUGCUGAACACUACAAAAUGCGGUUUUCAUUCCAACUCAGUGAGGAACUGAUGGAUCGGAAUCUUUUUCUGCAUUGCCGAUUGACAUCUUGCGCCAUGCAGGAUAGUAAAGAGCUAAAUACUAAUCAGUGUAUCAGUGAUGAACAUUUCUGCCUGAAACAAAGUCUCAGGCCUUAUCUGGACACACUCUUUGGAAAGAAAUACAGCCUGAUUGUCAAAGGUCCUUUCCGUGUUGUUCCAAAGCAAAGGGGAGAAAGAAGAAAAGAUGUUUUAUCUGUUCUGAAUCCAGAAUCAUCAUCAAUCCCAUCUGAGAACAAUUUUAUUGUGGACUACUCCUUUGAUAAGUUAACAGGAAAUACAAAGAAAAAUCCUGUAUCACAACAACUUGUGUUUGUGGGUCUGUCCACAGAAGCUGUUGUGGGGAUUGCUUUUGCUUCAUUCAUAAUUGGUGCUGGUCUAAUGGCGACAUUAUGGCUGAUUCAUAUGUACACAGAACCUUCACGUCGUUUCAAACAGUCCAGAAAACAGUCCGCCAAACAGUCAAGAACUGACGGUCAAUUAAACUCAGAUCGCUUUGAGUGUGCAGAUAAUUCUGUUCCCUGUUCUGCAAAGCCAUUAUCUGUGCAGAUUUGUGCAUAAAUUUUUAUCAGUAAUAAUGUUAAUUGCUCACCCAUUCUAAUCAGCAAGUAUCACCUUAAGUACAAGUCUUCUCAUUGUUGUUGUUGUGCAUAUCAUGUUUUUCGUUUGUGUGCAAUUGUGUAUAAUAAUAAUAUGUAUUAUUCCUAUUUUACAUAUACCUCAUUAUUUGCAUUUACGGCAUUUUAUUUUUAAACUGUUAUGGAUCAUCCCUUAAAACCCCAUUUCACACCUAUGAGUACAAGUUUUAAAUGUUUGAAAAUCGCUUUUAAAACUAAAAUGAAUAAUAGUAAAAUGUUUAUUUUUAUUUAUGUACUAGAUAGUUUGGUGCUCGCAUUGCAUUCUCACAAUAUUAUUUGAUACACAAAGUGUAUGUGUUUGUACAUAUGAUCAUUGAAAAAUAUAAAUUAUUUUGCAUGAUGAAAUGCACUCACAAUAAAAUUAUUUCAGCAAGGAAACCACAAAAGC